AUGACGGUAUAUAUUUCAAUUGAAUUUGAGUCAUCCCAGCAAUUUACGAUGGGUCUUAUGAAAGCUAUCCGAACGUUUAUGGACUAUUUCAAUUCCAACUCGAAUAUACGGCACAGAAUAUACGGCAGAAGCGGUUCUGAUGAAGUCGGAAAAUACGAGAUGAAAAAACAAGUUAUCGAGCUCAUGGGUGAAAAAGGCCCAUUUAACGGCAGCUGGCCAACGGCUGCGAAGAAGCCAGAAGAAGAUCCGAUUACCAAUUCCGACAAUUUGACACGACUUUAUUACAACAAUCCUCCUCAGGUGCGACAUACUGAACAACCACAUGAGGUAUUGUCCUUUUGGCAAGAUGACUCUCAACGAAAGAGUGACAUGUCAACUAAUUCUGCCAAUAAUUUCAGAUCAAAUGGGAUGGAAGACCGUACGGAUGCUAAAGCGAAGAUUAGAUUUAUACUCGUCGAUGCUGGAACGAGAAAGAUGGUGUUAUGGUGCGGCGGCAGCAGCAAUCAUUAA